UACCAAAAUCCUAAACCACUCAACCAUUAAACUAUUUGUUUGUGUUCAUCUUUUUAACUUUUUUAUUACAUUUGAAAAGGAAAAUAAUGGUUACAUGUAAGAACGUCAUGAUGACCUUAUUAAACGAGAAAGAUAGAACUUUCUCGGACAUAACUAACUCCUGACACUUCCCUCAUAUCUCCAGUGUAUAUUUACACAGAGUUAGAGAGCUACUUGAAACCCUGUUUUCAGCUUCUACUAUUUAAAAAAAAAAAAACAGAGCUACUUCCAAUGGCUGAAACUACCUUAACUGUCGUAGCGACCAAACGCGAUGCUCUAGAUCCUUACAUCAAGAUCAUUCAAAGUCGUUCACUCGACAUCGAUGUCUCCUUCUCCUCAUACCUCAAGCCAGACAACAACGAACAAAAGGAGCAAGAAGAUACUGAGAUAAGCAUAUUCGAAGCUCGAGGAUACUUUAACGAAAGCGGAAGCAACGAUAGAUCCUCCAAAACGACGAAUCUUAGUGGUCCAAGAUUCUCUUCGGCUUCAUCUGCAAAAGUGUCUUCUUUUACCGUGGGACAUACGGCAUCCUCUGAAGCUAGCUGGAACAGCCAAACCGGUUUGCUCCGUGACAACAACCGACAAAAAUCGGACCAUGACGGACGUGGAAGCGGCAAGAAAGGCCCCAGAUGGUUUUUCAGACGCAGGACUUGUCCUUGUUCUAGCUCCAAGUCGGUCCAGGUCCAAGAAACCAAACCAAGAAUUGCGGAGUUUAAAACCGGUUCUGACCGGACCAUAACAAACCGAAUCGUUCAUCAUAAUCAUCAGACGAUAUCGUCCUCUGAUCCGGUUAUAUUAAAUAUCCCUUCAAACACUGUGACUCGGUCCAUAGAUUACGCGGCAAACCGAGAACCUAGAGCUCACAUUAGUAACUUUAGCUUCCCGACUCUAAACCCGAUCAAACCGGCUUUGAAUCGAAUCGAUCCGGUUCUGCAUCCGAUUAAACCGGUUUUGAAUCCGACGAGUCCCAAGGGAGUUACUACUACAGACGAAGAAGCCGCGAGCGACGCUAGCUCCGACCUCUUCGAGAUCGAGAGCUUCUCUACUCAACACGUAGCUCGUCCGUGGGCUCUACCAGCAGCUGAUAGCGUGAGGAGCUCGAUAGACGAGACCGCGACCGAGUACGGUUACGAGCCUAGCGAAGCAAGUGUCACUUGGAGCGUUACGACCGCAGAACCUGUCUCGAGAGUGGCGUGUAACUUCUCAAGAAUCAACCUGUCGCAGCCGCAGUUAGCGUUUGGCGGUUGCGAUAAGGAGAAAGCGGUUAUGGUUAGUGUCGGUCAGCGUUUCGUUCAGCCGCUAAAGAGCGUUGGCGUUCAGGAUGAUGUCAUGCAAAAGGUGUUGUGCAACAAUGGCAGUUCUAAACUAAGCGUAACAAGACUAAAAAUGUUGGAUAAUAAAUCGUCGUUUCUGGUUUAGGACCGGUUUAACUACUCCGUUCUGUUUUGUGUGUUUCUCAUUUAAAAUUGCUCUGUUUUUUUUUUCUCAAACAUGUGUACUUUAAGUUUAUGAGUUUAACAAAACCAACGUGAAUAAAAUAUUAAUUCCAGCCUUA